UUUGACACAUUUUCAAUUUUUCGUGACCGUAAAGACCUAACUGGACUUGCACGUGUUCUUUCAUUGGUUUGUUUCACGACUCGAAUAGCAAGAAUUCGGGUCAUAAAAAAUUGUUAUCUGUGAUAGAAAAGCAAUCUUUCCAACACAGAAAUAUCUUUUUGUGUUCAUUAUAAUAUCAACAUGGAAGUGGAGAAUGUAAUUAUCAAGGAGGAGAAAUCAGAGUUGGUGGAUGAAAAUUUAUCUGCAGAACCAGAGUCAAAUUGCAGUUCAAAUAAUCAAGAAGUAACACCUUCAGAUGCAGUAAAACUUGAGAACAAUGAAAAUACAUCAAUUGAACCAGAAUUAAAUCCCCAACAAGAUCAAGACAAUGGUGAAAAUGGUGGAAGUGAUGUAAACUUGGAUCCUUAUGCUUAUCUGAAUCGUCCAGAGUUUUGUUCUGAAAACUUUAAAAUUGAAAUCAUGAAUCUACCAAAGUACUAUGGUGCUGGGCACUUGAAAAAGUUUCUCCAAAGGCAAGAUAUCAACACAAACAAAAUGAAACUGAUGAAAGGAUAUGUGUUUGCCUCUUUUCGCAAUGAAGAAGAACGAGAUAAGGCCAUGGAAAAAUUGAAAGGCAUUGUGUAUAAAGGAAACACUCUGGAUGUUAAGUUGGCAAAGCCUAUGCAGGAUCCUCUCAUAAAGAAAAGGAAAGCUGAGGCUGAAGCUGAGGUUGAUGGAGAGAAAAAAGCUAGAAAAGAACUGAAGACUGAGACACUUACAAUCACUGAGCAAAUCACAAAGAAAACUGUACCUUAUGCUGGCAAGCCAUAUUCAGAACAGCUUUCACUAAAGAAACAAGACAUGCUAACUGUUUUAAAGAAACUGACAAAAGAAGUUCGAAAUGCACAUCAGAAAGCAGGACAUUUCAUCCAAAGCAAAAAGGUUGCACACGGUGCGAUUUGUGAAUUUACCGAAAUGAUCCCGUCGCCAGUCAGUGAAAAAUACAGGAACAAGUGUGAAUUUACUGUUGGUGUGAACCCAGAAACCGAUGAAAUUACUUUGGGAUUUCGAAUAAGCACGUAUAAAGAAGGUUCCUAUGCUGUUGGACCCGUUUCCCAUUUAGCGUUCAUCUCCGACGCGAUGAGAGAAGCUGUUCGAGUGUUCGAAGAAUAUUUUAGGGCUUCAGGUCGCAAGCCUUACAAUCCUGAAGAUCACUCAGGCUUCUGGCGACAAGUUCUUGUUCGCACUAAUUUGGCUGGAGAAGUGUUAGCCGUUGUUCAGGUGCAUCCACAAAAUCUGUCGACCGAAGAGUUGGAUUCGGUCAAGAGCGAAUUGAAAAAAGUUGCGGAAGCCAACAAGAUUAUUUCUCUCUAUUUUGAAGCCGUUGGACCGAAAAAGUCGGGGGAGGAUUCACCACCCGAGCGUAUAAUGGGCAGCACUCACUUGGUUGAAAAAUUAUGUGGCCUCGAGUUCUCAAUUUCUCCACUUGCUUUCUUUCAGGUGAACACAUUGGCGGCUGAAGUUCUUUUCAACAAAAUAGCUGAAAUUGCAGAGAUAGACAGUAACACCAAUAUCCUCGACGUGUGUUGCGGUACAGGAACUAUUGGCCUAUCACUAGCCAAGAAAUGUCGUCGCGUGUACGGCGUAGAAUUGGUAGAAAGUGCAGUUGAGGACGCAAAAAGUAAUGCUUCAAAGAAUGGCAUCACGAAUUGUGUAUUCGUUGCUGGAAAAGCAGAAGACGAAGUAAAUAAUCUGAUAGAUAGCAUAAAGCAAAAGGAUUUGGAAGAAGGUGUUGAAGGUGGCAAGAUCGUGGCAAUUUUGGAUCCUCCCCGAGCUGGACUACAUAAGAAAUGCUGUCAAUUACUGCGCAGUGCUGAACGCAUAGAAAGAUUAAUCUACAUUUCGUGUAAUGCUCAGGCAGCGAUGAAAUCUUUUAUCGACUUGUGCCGUGCUCAAUCUAAUGCGUAUGGCGGGAUUCCUUUCAUUCCUGUCAAAGCUAUGGCGGUCGACCUGUUCCCGGAUACGCCACACUGUGAAUUUAUUUUGGUUUUGGAGCGUUAUCGACCCACAUAAAAAUGUGGAUGGGUAAAUACAACAAUUGCAAUUUAAGACAA